UCUGCCUUUCAGCCACUUUGUCCAGUCCUGGAUGACCGCUAAGGACGACGCAGGACUCAGGGGAGGAUGAGCUCUGUGGAGGAGAGAGAGGACCAUGAUGCUUACUGUGAGAAGGCGGUGGCCCUUAUCAUUGACCUCUGUCUGGACAACAGCCCUCUGUUGCAGCCCAACACCUGCCAGGACUUCAUCACACUGCUCGCCACCAACCAAAGCCCAAACACUUCAGGGUCGGACCUCUCCUUCAGCCUCCUACUCGUGGUGUUCGUGGCCUGUGGCCUGGCCCUGCUGGGUGUCAUUGUCUUUGCCACCUGGAAGCUGUGCUGGGUGCCCCGACGAACCAAGGACCUCUCCUCCAGUGCCACCGCCCUCACCCCCGCCACUGGCCCCCCGUCCUCUGCCUCAAACAGACCCUACGACAGAGCCUUCUCUGCAUACAGGCCGACGUUUGUCCGCGCACACACGCACGCACGUGCCAUGGCGUCAGACAAGCUACAUCCGUCAGAGCCGGCGGGUUUCCUGGAAGCGGCGGUGAAGAUCAGCCACACAUCGCCUGACAUCCCUGCCGAGGUGCAGCUCUCCAUGAAGGACCAAUUCCUGCGCCGCACACGCAUGGCCAGACAAACCACGGAGCCCACCUCGUCCAAUAGACACAGCUCCUUCAAGAAGCACCUCCCCCGACAAAUGCACCAUGUCACUAGCCUUGACCGAGGCAACGACUUCACCUAUUCUGAGGACCACACCACCAGCCUGGCCAGUUUGGGCCGCAUCCAGCCAGAGCUUUACAAGCAGAGUCCCCUGGAGUCUGACGAGUCCACAAAGAACUGUGCCGCUGCUAAGAACUGUGGCAAGAUCAACUUCUCCCUCAAGUAUGACCAUGAAUCUGAAGUGCUCCUCGUAAACAUCCUCAAGGCCUUUGACCUGCCUGCCAAGGACUUAUGUGGCAGCUCCGACCCCUACGUCAAAAUCUACCUCUUACCUGAUCGCAAGUGCAAGUUCCAAACCCGCGUCCAUCGCAAGACACUGAAUCCCAUGUUUGAUGAGUCCUUCCAGUUCACCGUACCCUACGAGGAGCUGGGCAGCAGAAAGCUUCAUCUGAGCGUCUUUGACUUUGAUCGCUUCUCUCGCCACGACAUGAUUGGUGAGGUCAUCCUGGAGAACCUGUUUGAGGUGUCGGAUCUCUCCCGCGAGACAGACAUCUGGAAGGACAUUCAGUAUGCCACCUCUGAGAGCGUAGACUUGGGGGAGAUCAUGUUCUCUCUCUGUUACCUGCCAACCGCAGGCCGACUCACCAUGACUGUCAUCAGGUGUAGGAACCUGAAGGCCAUGGACAUCACAGGAUACUCAGACCCAUACGUCAAAGUCUCUCUAGAGUGUGAUGGACGGCGCUUGAAAAAGAAGAAAACUACAAUCAAGAGGAACACUCUUAACCCCACCUAUAAUGAAGCUAUCAUCUUCGACAUCCCCCCUGAGAACAUGGACCAAGUCAGCCUGCACAUAUCCGUCAUGGACUAUGACUUGGUAGGACACAAUGAGAUCAUAGGUGUGAACAGAGUGGGCAGUCAUGCAGAGGACCUGGGCAGAGACCACUGGAACGAGAUGUUGGCCCAUCCACGAAAGCCCAUAGCUCACUGGCACCCAUUACUGGAGGCCAGCAAGUCUCAGAAAGAGUGGAAAACCCGCACUGCAAGCUUUGACAGCCAAGGUUCGUGCCCUUCUCCAAGACUCCUGUCUAGUCCUUGAGGGAGGACCUGGUGUUUGUACUCAGCUACUCUGCAAAGCCUGUCCUGCAGCAAAGCCUCAAAUAUUGGAUUUUCCCAGUACCAGACCCACAUACUAUGUGCCUCAGAAUAAAAAAAGUGCAGUAAAUUGUUCUAGAUAACAGUAUGUCUAUGGUGUUGUUUGUGUCCCCUGCCCACACACUCACACAAAAUGUAGGUUUUACUAUCCUUGUAGGAACUGAAGAAGUUAUUCCCAUUCAAAAUCCAAUUUGAACUAACCCUUAACUGACUUAAACCAACACCUAAACAAACAAAAAUUCUUAAACCUAACUGUGAUUGUAAAGUCCAAUGUGACUAACCCCUAAAAUAGAAAUAGUAUUUUUCCACAUGUGGGCCGUUUCAAUAUCCUUUCAAGGAAACAAGGUAUUUUUUAUGUUUUACUAUUCAUGUGGGAAUGUUUUAGUCCUCACAAGUACAGUAAAACAAGAAGACACAAGCAAAACACAUUUGUCUUGGUGUCCAUUUUUAACAGUAACUUCAUCAUGGUAUUUAUAUAUAGCUUGCAGUGGACACUGGGUCUGGUGAGAUUAUUGUCAUUGCAACAGUAUUUUCUGCUGUUCAACUCAGCCUGGUAUGGUUAUACAUCUUAGAUGGACAUCUCAGCGUAUGUAUUUUAGGUUAGGUCUGGCAGUGGCAUUUGUGAACUUCCAACAUGCUGUUCCUUAGGUUCAUUGUUAUGAGGGCUGCUGUUGAGUGAAAAAAAAAUGUUGAGUACUGUGCUGUACAGUAAACUACCCUACAGCAAAUCCAAAACUAUAAAACAGGGUAUUAUAAAGUCAACCAUUUUUAUACAUGUUUGUAAUGUAAUUAAAAUCAUAAUGGGUUCACUAAAUUAAAAUGGAAGUUCAAAUGUUGAUAAUUUAUAUGAUAUGACAUAAUUAUUUCAGAGACAUGCAAAACUGAUUUUAAAUAUGACGUUUCAUCCAAAUACUCAACCUGGUGUCAUUGGAAGAUGUAGAAUAUUUUACUUAA